GUUUACCUUUAAUGUGAAGGCAAGAAUGCGAGGAGGCAACAUAUGGAUUACAGUUUCAGCAACGGCGGGAAAUGUGGAAAGGCGUGUUACCGUUACACGCAAACGAAGAAAACGGCAAACUGUAAUGUACAUGUAGCUUUGGUGGCUAGUUGGCUUAGGUACACUGAAGUGGAAUACGUUUAAUUGCAACGCUUCUCUGCACCGCAAUGGAGGAAGAAAGAGUCCGCAGAAGGAUCCGUGUUUACGACCGCCGCUCUGAAAACAAUCAGCAAGUUACGGGGAAAUUGCUGGAAACAAGCGGUUUGGACUUCAAUGGUUUUCUUCAACUUCUGCACCGGAAAUUUGAAAUCACAAAGCAUGAAACAUUUGUGUUGGUCACGACGGACAGAACAGUCCUGGAUUUCGACAAAUUUGAGAAGCUUCCAGAUGACAGCACCCUCCACUUGUUGCAACGGGAGGACCAAGCUCUGGCAGUGGCAACAGAGGAGCCCAUCACGUUUAAGCCUCAUUAUAAUACAUUGAUCAAGAGUGGCAUGUAUGAGUACUACGCUAGUGCGGGCCAGAAACCAUUGCCAUACGCACUUGCUGAGCUGAUAGACAACUCUAUUUCAGCCACAGCUAACAACACAGGAGUGAGGAUGAUAGAAAUAAGGCUGAUGUUAGAUGAAUCUCUCGGGAAACCUGCCGUGAUUGUCUUAGAUAAUGGGUGUGGGAUGACCUCUAAACAGCUCAAAAACUGGGCAGUGUACAGACUCUCUAAAUUUAACAGGGAAAACUGCAUAUUUGGAAGUAGGCAAGAAGGGUAUGUCCGGCCUGAUCUCGUCCCUCGUAGUCUCAACAGUGAUAUAUCCUACUUUGGAGUUGGAGGAAAACAGGCUGCUUUCUACAUCGGCGACUCAGCCAGGAUGAUCACUAAACCAGUUGGCUCCCCAGAUGUUCAUGAGCUAGUUCUAUCCAAGGAGGACUUUGAGAGAAAAGAAAAGAACCGAGAAGAUAUUUACAGUGGGACCAUUAAAAACCGGAAGGUUGGUGACUCUUCACAUGUGAAUAAAGAUGAUGAGCGCUUCCUCCAUUCCCUUAUCGCUGAGGAAUCUGCAAAGGAAAGCUUCACAGCCGUGAUCAUUAUGGGAGUCUUGCCCGAGCAUAUAACUUUUCUGAAAGACGAUUUUGCAGCAUGGCCCAGACAGCUAGCGCACAUAUUUCACUACUACAUUCAUGGCGCCAAUGGAAAGGAAAUGGGUAGCAGCACUACAAAUUCAGAUCAUCUCCCUAACAUUGACAUUCAGAUCACUAUGCGUGAGAAGCCUCCCAGAUGUCCCCGGGCAAUAAAUCUUAGGGAAGUUGAGAAUGACAUGCAGACGCUGUACAUAAAUACUGCUGCAGACACAUUUGAGUUUAAGGCCUACACUAAACAAAACACUGGCACGGUGGAGGGAAUUAUUCGGUAUCAUCCCUUCCUUUAUGACAAGGAGACUUACCCGGAAGACCCUGAUGCUGCCCAAGCCUCUCUUGAUUAUGAUGAUGACGAUGAAGAGUCUGGAGUCCUGCAUCAGGCAAGAGGGAAAAGGCCAAUAUUUAACUGUUUCUGGAAUGGACGGCUCAUACCUUACACCACAGUGUCUGAAUUUGACUGGUGUAGUCAGAGCAAAGGAGCAAAGGAGCUUGCAGAGUGUUACAGUCGGGUGUCAGGGGUGCUCUUCACUGACGACACGUUUAUGGUCACCACGAACAAGCUCACCUUCAUGGAGCUGGAGCUGAUGCUGAAGAACAAGGACACAAUCUUUACACGAAUUGUUAAUGGACAGAAACAAAGAGGAAACAUUCAGAAGGAGUUUACGCAGUGGUUAAAAAACUGUCACGAGAAGUGGGACAAGCAAAUAAAGUUUGUGGACUAUAUGGAGACCAUAACAAGAACAGAUGUGCCUGUAAAGAGAGAUCAGUAUCCCUGGUCGACAUUCUCCUCCAUCGAAUGGGACGGCAAAAUUUACAAAACGGGCCAAAUUGUGAAGUCUCAGAGAACACUGCCCAUUAUGUAUGGUAGCGUGGUUCGUUUUUUGCUUUAUGGACAACAUGACGGAGAUGUCUUUGCCACAGGGGGACUGGUCGAAGUGGCUCUGGAACCCAAAGCUUUUCACGACAAGAUCAAGACCAUAGCCAUUUCCAAGAUUGACAAGAGCGCUACUGAUGAAGCCAUUCAGAAAAACAUCGCCAAAGAUUCAGCCAAGCUUCCAGAGAUUCUGAAAGUGGGCUGGCCAGAAGGUAAACCCUGGCCACAGAAUGCUGCUCGUAUGGCUGGGACUCCGCUUGGGCCACUCAAAAUUGAAAUACUAAACAAAAAGGGAGAGUCUUUAUCCAAGAUGCCAGCAGUGGGCCAGGGAGCAGGGAAAAAACUGAUUGUUGAACUCAAAGUCUUUCAGCACGGUCCUAAAGGAAAUCAAGAGGUUGUCUGUUUUGUUGCCCAACAUUCACCAAAGUGGAGUUUCUGGUUCAAAAAAAUUGAGAAACUGACCGACCUGGGGAAGUAUACUUUAUCCCUGAACACUAUGUUAUUUGAAAAUAAUGCAACCGUCUUUGGAGGGAGAAAGCUUCCAAGCUACAAACUCAACUUCACAAUUAAUGAGGGUAGUGCUGAGACUUUUGUUAUUGGUGCAAUGAGCCCCUCUCUUAAUGUGGGAGUGCCAUUCAACAUUCCUCUCCUGCUGAAAGAUGGUUAUGACCACUCAGCGAAGCCUCCUCCAAAUCUUGAACCUGUACUCACAUGCAGUGGCGUGGACCUGAGUUACGACAGAGUGGACAGCAUUGGGACUACGUUCACCAUCAUUGGUGUCAGAGCAAGAGGAAAAGUCCUGAAUUACCAACAGUCAAAGACAUAUGAGCUGAGAGUGACCAUGCCUGGCCUGAAGGAAGACACACAGGCUAUCCCGAUCAGUCUUCUUCCUGGUAAUGCACAUGCUCUCCAUGUGACACCAGAUGACAAUCCAAUCACAGUCCAGAAUGGAAACUCUGUGAUGUUUAAUGUUGAAAUUCACGAUGAGUCCGGAAACAUCACUGUUCACCCCAAACAAAUUGUUCGCUGCCAGGUUGAGGGGUUUCCACUGGUGACAACUGACUGCAGCACCACCGGAGCUGGACAGCUUGUGACAAAGCCCAUAAACCUGAUAAUGAUCAAUGGAGAACCACAAAACAUCAAAGUUCAUUUUGAGAUGUCUAGUCAGAAGAAGAAGAAGAUUGCUAUGGUUGUGAGGGACCUAAAGGUGGUGCCCAGCACAAGAGUCUCCCGCAUGGAGCUCUAUAGUGAGGGUGAUGAGAAUUUGAUGCUAAGGAAUGACGAAAAGAUAGAGUGGCUGGCUGGAGGCUUGCUGGAGAACCUCUUUUACAAGUUGUUUGAUGAGGCUGGCAAAGAGGUACCUCCCACCGCUGCAAUAGCCUCCAGGAUCAAGGUUAAUUGGACAGUAGAUAUAAAUCUGAAGGAUUUGCUCCAGGGCAAGCUGCCUGCCGUACAGGUGCCCACGCAGGUGCAGGAAUCACGCUUCUAUCAGGUGUCCUACCAUGACCAGAGUGUGUCUGUCUCCUUCAACAUAGCGCCUCAUCCAGAUGAACCAGUACGACUGAAAGCAACUCUACCCCAAAGCACACUGAAGCUGGGGGAAAUCCUACCUGGACACAUCAACUUGGAGCUUGUGGACCAGUAUGAUAAUGCAACCAAGACGCUUACCUCUACCUGUAAGAACGAUGUCACUGUGGAAGCGGAGGGUCUGGACAAAUCGUCGGUUGUCUUUAAAUGGCAGGAGAACAGCAGUUCUAUUCUGGUUACAGGGGUGCGGUUCCAGUCCGGGACACCUGGCCACAGAGAGAUGUGCUUCACCUACAAGAGUUAUGUGGAGUGCAUCAUAGUUAAAGUCGUCGCUGGCGUCCCUGCGGAGCUUAAACUAUUCAGUGGGCCAGAGCAGCCUUUGCAGGUGUUGAAUGACCAAGGCAUCGCCACACCAUUCCUCGUCCAACUGUGUGAUGAGUGGGGAAACCCCACUACAGACCAGAGGGUGGUGGUACAAUUGACAUCUUCACCCCAGACACUAAAGGUGACGACAGCUGUUACAUCACAACCCGUGAACGCAGAAGGGAAAGCAUCUUUCACCGUUAACCGUUUGAGUGGACCAAAGGGGUACUAUCAGUUGGUGUUUAAAGGUUCUCUCAACCAGAAACCCAUCCCUGGUCCAUCAGUGAAUCUCACUGUCAUCCCUGAUUCCACUAAACCUGUCUGCCUGUCAGUGGAGUAUGACACCAACGCCAGGCUUCCUGCCGGAGGCAUCCUUCCAGUCUUCUCGGUGACUGUGGUGUCUGACGACGGAGGCCUGAUUACAACUUUUAAGCCCGCUGCUAUAUCCAUGUUUCUGUGGAAGGGAGUGCCAUCAGUAAAAACACCUCCACAAACGGCCAUUGAGCUGAAGUGUAGUAAACCCAUGGAGAAUGAAGGGAAUGACCGUUUUCACUUCAGAGAUAAAGAGAUCCCGGAACAUGUUGGAAAGCACAGCAUCCAGUUUUUGCUACGAAUAAACAAAACAAACGUCCUGUACAGUGAUCAGAUUGCUAUACAUGUUGUGGCCAGUCAACCUGCCAAACUGGCACCCGACUCUCAGCCACCAACCCCAGUUGUUUCCUACAGUAAGGUCAUUGCCAACAGAACCUUAGUGGAGAAUAUGACGCUGAGGAUAAUGGAUUCAUAUGGAAAUCCAGCAGGACAGGACCUGAACGGGAUGGUGGUUGUUUCUAUAAAGAACACAAGUGGAGAAGGCAACAAAAGCCUCCCUCUGUUUGAAAGUAAAACCAACAGCUUUCAAAUGAACUUGGUAGAAGGAAAGGCCCACAUUACUAGGCUUGCAAUCAUGGAGUACAGCCCUGGUGAGAAUGGAAGUACAUACGUCCUCCUCUUCAACCCUGAAGUGUCAAUGGCCCCCACGGCUCUGGCUCCCUUUGAGCUCCCCUUCCGUUUUCUCAAUGAUGCAGAGAACCAACGAAAAAUGUUUUCGUUGUCCAGGAAGAAAGAUGAGCUCACUACUGCUGUUGCCAAAUAUACAGACAUCUUUUCUACAUAUAAUGCACUUCUUGAUUUGCUUUCCUCUCAUCACCGGGGCGCAACUAAGAAAGAGGCUGACAUUAGGAAUGAGCUGGAGAGGAGGAACGUGGAAAUAGCACAAACUAUCCCAGAUAUUGACAGACUCCUAAACCAGAAGAAGAUGGAAGUCCGCUGUCUGCUACAAACACCAAGAAGAGUUUGUUCCCUCCGUGAUCACUUUUGCGAGCAGCAUGAUGUUUUGGGAAUGGUUGGCCACCUGGCGUUAGUGCAAGACAAUGAUGCUGCGAGGGUUAUCUCCUGGCAUAUCAGGGGAGACAUGGAUUGUGUCAUCACCAAAACGACCGCAGCAGCAAUGAAGAUCCAUGACGACACUCGUGGCAACCAGCAGGUCAUGGCCCUUGACAGUGUUUAUGUAACAACAGGCAACAGGUCGCUGCCACAUAUAAGAAAUGGCCGCAAGCUCUUUGAUCCCCCUGGGAACCCAGUCUUUGCCAGAGAUCUCUUGAUCUACCCCCGCGACCAGGAGAGCUGUUACACUGCUUUUAAAAGCAUCCUAGGAGAGACUAUUCUGAUUGAUGACCUGGAAUCUGGAACCAGCUACAGAAAGGAGGUGAUACAGUAUAAGAUGCCGUGUCCCACCAUCCUGACCAGGCAGGGGGAAAGGAUCCUUGCCAAGGGCAAGUUUGGAGGCGCACAGAACAAAGCCCCAGUGAAUAUCCCAAUAGUGUUUGGAGCCCCCCUCCCACAACAUUACUACAUUCUUAAUGAACACAUAGAACUGAUCUCCCAGCACAGGUUAGCUCUGGAGAAGAGGGAUCUGACAGCAAAGGCACGUGAGGAUCAUUUAAAAAGCAUGCAGUCGCCUGACAUACUACAAAAGCAUCAAGAAAUGAAGGAGAAAAAGAAACAGCUGGAGGAGAUUGAGAGACAACUUGUGUCAACCCCAGUAAGACCAGUGAAAAGGAGUCUUGCUGGUGAGCCGUCCAGCACUUAUGCAAAGAGAGCAAAAUAGAGAUCCAUAUGAGAAGUGGUCUAUAGUUCAAUCUGAUAGAUUGAGCACAGGACUCCUUUUUACCUCUUUUUUUAUGUUGAGUUUUUGUAAAUGAUUUGUGUUUGUACAGAUUUGUCUUUUUGUAUGUAUCACUUUUGUUGUAUUCAAAAUUGCUGACAAAGUUUUGUGCAUGACAAAAUAUAUGUCAAAGAAUGUUUUUUGGUUUUGUUUUUUUUAUAAAAACCUGCACUAA